AUGAGGCGUAUGGAUUGCAGGUGUCGCAUAGAGCGCAGUGCGGUGCCUCUAUUUGACCUCAAGCGUUCAUGGCCAUCGGAAUUCUUCGAAGUUUCGACUUCGAUUAAAAGAUCUGGAUGUCACUUGAAAACACGUGAAGUGAUAAUUCUGCGUUUCGGGCUCCGUCUGCGGAAUUCCGAAAGUUUUCCUGUUAAAAAAAAACUUAAAGCGAUUGAAAGGGUGUCUAGACGUGAAGGUUUGACUAAUGGUGGGAGACUGUUGCCACCGCACCUGCACGCAAUGCAAGCCCCGAAGACCCCCGUGCAUCGCCUCUGUUGCGAGGCAACCCAGUGCCUACCGCUGUCCAAAUACUAUCGAUCUCACGCGGUUAAUGCGGCUGAAUCUACACACGAUGAAUUAUAA